GUGUGCGGCUUUCAGAGGCGGAGCUGAGGGAAAACCAGAAGGAAAAGCAGAAUAAAAGGCGUAGGUUAUCUCCCUAGUUCUGCAUGCCUCGCCUAUCCAGCUCCACACUAGGGACCUGGUGCCUGCUGCUACUGCCGCUGAUAUUUACCGGUCUUUGCUGGAGAUCCACCUUUUGGACAAGUAUGUGCUCAGGUCUGGUGGAAAACUAUGUGGCUGCCAUGGUCCUUAGUGGUGCAGGAGAUGCCCUCGGCUAUAAUCGUGGCAAGUGGGAAUUCAGCAGACAAGGACUAAAAAUCCAUAAUGAGCUGGCCGAACUGGGAGGCAUAGAGAACAUUGAUGUGAAUCACUGGCUCGUAAGCGAUGACACAGUAAUGCACAUUGCAACGGCUGAGGCCUUGGUGGAGGCAGGCAAAAACACAGACCCAGCUACACUUUAUCCCUUGCUGGCAAAGAAAUACAAAGAAUGCAUGCAUGACAUGAAUGGCAGGGCUCCUGGCAACACUUGUAUGGAUAGUGCCUAUAGACUCAAACCCAACACCCCAGAUGGAUGGAAGAUUCCAUUUCAUAAAAGUGCUGGGGGCUGUGGUGCAGCUAUGCGUGCCAUGUGUAUUGGACUGAGGUUUCGCCAUCCAGACCAAUUGGAUGACCUUAUUCGAAUAAGCGUAGAGAGUGGCAGAAUGACUCACCACCACCCAACUGGAUAUCUGGGAUCACUGGCUGCAUCAUUGUUUUCUUCCUAUGCAAUAAAUCGGAAACCACCCCAUGAGUGGGGCAAAGGCUUGCUCGAUGUCUUGCCCAAAGCCAAAACCUACGUGGAGGAAUCUGGCAGAGAUGUACAGGAUAAUCUAAUGACCUGGUCUUACUUUGAAAGCAGUUGGAAGUCGUACCUUACCCUAAGAGGCAUCUUAGAUGGAAAUUCGCAACCAAAGUUUCCAGAGAAUUAUGGUGUGGAGGAAAGGGAUAAGUUUUACACGUCACUUAGCUUCCAUGGUUGGGGGGGCAGCAGUGGGCAUGAUGCCCCCAUGAUUGCCUAUGAUGCCAUUCUUGGUUCUGGGGACAGCUGGACUGAACUUUCUCACAGGGCUUUUUUCCAUGGAGGAGAUAGUGAUUCUACUGCUGCCAUUGCAGCCUCCUGGUGGGGGGCAAUGUAUGGUUUUAAGGGUGUCAGUAAAGCAAACUACAAAAAGCUGGAAUACAGAGACCGACUGGAAAAACUAGGAAGAGGCUUAUAUCAACUUUCAUAGAGAAUGGUUAGAGGGAUGGAAAUUCUACAGCACUGACACAAACAGCAACUGCAUAAGCUACAGUAUGUAUUCUGACUGCAACCAACCAAAAGUUAUGCAUUUACAUGUGGGGCCAUAACAAAAGGGCAUAAACCAUUUACAUAAUUCCAUUACCAGUGUAAUAAUAUAAUUUACAUAGUGAAUUCAAAACCAUAAAUCAGGAUUAAUAAACUAGAAUUAACACAUGCCUGUAGUUAUGCAUUAUACCCUUGGAAAAUGAAUACAAUUAAAUAAUUUACAUGUGGUACCCCAAGUGGUAAGGAAAUAGGAAGCUUAAUCAGGUUACAAUGUAAAAGCUAUAAAAUGUUCUAAUAUACAGGAAGGGGAUCAAAGACCAAGGUACACAAAAAGAUGUACUCUACCAGCACAUAAAUUGGCUUACAUACUUUGAAGGCUCUUUUCAGACACUCAGUGGUAAGCAACAUGUUGCUCAUGAGCCACUGGGGAUCACUGGACGUGUCUGUGUAGGGCUAGACUUGACUUUCAAUGCUUGUCUUGUAGGUAGUGUAUAUAUAAUAUAUAUACAGGUAGCACACUCAUUUUUAAACACCAUAAAAAUAAAGUUGCAUUUCUUUACCAAACGUUGCCAUUGUAUCUACAUUCUUCAUUGUCUUUUAUUUAUUCUGUUUUGCUUCCCAGUUUUGUCAUGACAAAAUAAGCCCUCACUAUGCGUAAAAGGUAUAACACAUGUGUCCUAUAGACAAUGUGUUUAGGUGGAAAUAUAUGUGGUUGGCAGCACCAGUGUGUAUAUAGGGAGUGCCAAAUACAGGGUAGAUGAAACCAAAGAAUUGCAUUUUUGGAGUUUUUUGUGUAAUUCAUUAUAUGAAUAAACAAUUUGUAAUAUACUGUAAA